UACUGUGCCCUCGUCAUCAGUGACGCAGCAUAGUUAAGCGCGCGCUCUUCGGUACAUCUCGUCAACGGCGGGUCUUUGGAAAGAUAAUCACUCUUUUUUUCUAAGUAGAGAUGAUGUUCACGAUCCUAAACAAACAAAGGAAAUCGGUCAUCAUGCAUAAUCAAGGUUGUAGAACUUGUAUUCUUUAACCCGCUGAGUGACAUCAGACAAGAUUGGUGCAGCCACUGUUUCUUCUCUGUUGAAAGGUCUACUAAAGUGCCUUAGAGCAAGACUGUUCUCCUGUUACAUCUGUUUGAUUCAUCAAAAUGACUCCCAACGGAUAUUUAAUAUUUGAAGAUGAGAGUUUCCUUGAUUCUACUGUGGUCAAGAUGAAUGCUUUGCGUAAAAGUGGCCAGUUUUGUGAUGUCAGACUGUUGGUCUGUGGACAUGAGCUUAUGGCCCAUAAGGCUGUGCUGGCCUGCUGCAGUCCUUGCCUCUUUGAAAUCUUCAAUGCUGACUCUGAGCCACAGGGUGGGAUUUCACUGGUUAAAUUUGAUGACCUCAACCCUGAUGCUGUGGAGAUCUUGCUGAACUAUGCCUACACAGCCCAACUGAAGGCAGAUAAAGAUCUGGUCAGAGAUGUGUAUUCUGCAGCAAAGAAGCUCAAAUUGGAGAGGGUCAGACAGAUCUGUGGAGACUACCUGCUAUCAAAAAUGGACUCCCAAAGUGCCAUUUCAUACCGCAAUUUUGCUAGUAGCAUGGCUGAUGGGCGGCUUCUGGGCAAGAUUGAUGGCUAUAUCCAGGAUCAUCUUCAGGAGAUCUCAGAACAGGAUGAUUUCCUUAAACUUCCUCGACUGAAACUGGAGGUGAUGCUAGAGGAGAACCUGAACUUGCCUGGUAAUGGCAAACUGUACUCAAAGGUGAUAAGCUGGGUGCAGCGCAGCCUGUGGAAAAAUGGAUAUCCCCUGGAGAAAUUAAUGGAAGAGGUGCAAACGCUGUACUACUCAGCAGAUCACAAAUUACAUGAUGGGAGCCUGCUUGAGGGGCAUGCAGAGGUCUGCAGCUCUGAGGAUGACCACAUCCAGUUUGUGCAGAAGAAGCCUCCUCGAGAGAGAGACGAGAUGAGCUCAGGCGCCUCUGGCAGCCUCUCUCCCUCCAUCAGCCAGUUCAACAAGCACGAUUGGAAGUACAUUGCAUCAGAGAAGACCACCAACAAUGCAUACCUGUGUCUGGCUGUUCUGAGAGGCGUACUGUGUGUGAUCUCCCUGCAUGGCCGCACUAGUCCUCAUACUUCCCCGUCUGCUACACCGUGUGUGCUGAAGAGCCCAAGCUUCGAGGCUCAACCAGAAGAUCUGCAGGAGAAGCUUUUAAAGCCCAUGCAUUACGCUCGUUCAGGCCUGGGAACUGCUGAACUGGACCGCAAGCUCAUUGCUGCAGGUGGCUACAACCGAGAAGAGUGUUUGAGGACGGUGGAGUGUUAUGACCCAAAGAAGGACUGCUGGACUUUCAUUGCUCCCAUGCGCACUCCACGGGCUCGCUUCCAGAUGGCUGUGCUAAUGGGUGAGCUGUAUGUGAUGGGUGGCUCCAACGGUCACUCCGAUGAGUUGAGCUGUGGAGAGAUGUACAACCCCAAGGCUGACGAGUGGAUUCAAGUUCCUGAGCUCCGCACCAACCGUUGCAAUGCAGGUGUGUGUUCCUUGCAAAACAAGCUUUUUGUGGUGGGUGGAUCUGAUCCCUGUGGCCGAAAGGGCUUGAAGAAUUGUGACUCUUUUGACCCAGUGACAAAAAUGUGGACCAGCUGUGCACCCCUCAACAUAAGGAGGCACCAGGCAGCAGUGUGCGAGCUAAAUGGAUUUGUGUAUGUGAUUGGUGGCGCUGAGUCCUGGAACUGCUUAAACUCAGUAGAGCGCUACAACCCAGACAACAACACGUGGACCCUGGUGGCCCCCAUGAACGUGGCCCGUCGUGGAGCUGGUGUGGCUGUGUAUGAAGGGAAGCUCUUUGUGGUUGGAGGAUUUGACGGCUCUCACGCUCUGCGCUGUGUGGAGGUCUAUGACCCAGCCAAUAACGAGUGGAGAAUGUUAGGCAGCAUGAUGUCAGCACGAAGCAAUGCAGGGCUGGCUGUGUUGAACGGUGUGCUCUGUGCUGUCGGGGGCUUUGAUGGCAAUGAGUUUCUCAACACUAUGGAGGUGUAUGACCCAGAGAAGAAUGAGUGGAGCCCGUUUAUAGAGGCAUUAGCUAAGAAUUGAAGGGUGUCAGGAUCCCGUCCUCAAUCUGACACAUUAUGUGAUGUGAUUGUAUUUGACUGAUGUUCAUCUGUUUGUUUAGGUGCUGAGGAAAUUACUCUGAUAGAUGCUCAUAUAGGGUUGCCCAAAGCAACAUAAAGCCUUUGCAUAUUGCAUAAUUACGAUGUAAAUAAAUGUCUUUUUUUUUUUUUUU